AUGGCAGGUUGUUAUCAUCCGAGGCAUCCAGAGAGCCACACCAGCGCCCAGCAUGAGCAGUAUCUCAAGACCGGAGUGUCUGCCAUGGAGAGCGAUUACCGACCGACGCCGAGCUACCGUCGCUACCGUCGCUGCCGUCGCUGCCGUCGCUGCCGUCGCUGCCGUCGCAAACUCCGCAUGAAUCGACCCCAAUUCCGGCAAUACCACAACACUACUGUGUAA